AUGUCUUCGACCAUGAAAGCAGUCGUGUUCCACGGCCCUGGCGACGUCAGAGUCGAAGAUCGUCCUGUUCCCACGCUUAAAGAUGCCACUGACGUCAUCGUCAAAGUGGAAUUGUCCGGUCUUUGUGGCACUGAUUUACACUCGUACCGCGGCCACAUUGCCGGUCCCAAAGACACGAUUAUCGGCCACGAAUUCACUGGCAAGAUCGUUAAAGCCGGUGACAACGUCGAGAAGUUCAAAGUGGGUGAUUCCGUGAUUGCAGUGUUCACUGUCCAGUGCGGUAAGUGCUACUAUUGUCGCCAUGGAUACCUGGGCAAUUGUGUUGAAACCAACACCUUUGGCAAGAUAGGUCUUGACGGAGGCCAAGCUGAGUAUGUCCGUGUGCCCCACGCUGACUACACUUUGAUUAAAAAGCCUGAUUCGCCAGGGGACGACUCGGUGUAUGUGUUGAUGGCCGAUAUCUUUAUCACUGGCUACUAUGGGGUAAAGAAGAUUAUCGACUACCUCAACAUUAGUCCUGCUGCUGGUGCUGAAGCUGUAAGCAUUAAGGAUGCUCACAUUCUUCAAUUGGGGUGUGGUCCAGUGGGACUUUGUGGGCUUAGAGUGCUUAAGUACUUUGGCUUUACCAAUGUGGUAUGUGUGGAUAGUGUCCCUGAACGGUUAGCCGAAGCCAAAAGACUUGGUGCCUCGAAAGUGGUGAACUUUGAAACCGAAUCGGAAGCGUCAGCGGCGUAUGUCGCCAACGAUCUUGAAGGUAUUGGCUUCGACGCGGUAUUGGAAGUGGUGGGAGCACCGCUGGCUCUCAGAACUGCCUACGACAGUGUCCGUCGUAACGGCUACAUCUCGCUGAUUGGCAUGGCCCACGGACCGUUACCGUUUGAAGGUCUCGAAUGUUACGUGAAAAACAUCAACAUCUCGUUUGGUCGGUGCCAUGCGGCCAGUUUGUUUGCCGAAGCCCUCGAGAUUUUUGAGAAGCUUAAGCCUGAUUUCGCUGACUUUGUUGACUAUAAGGUGAAGGGUCUUGAUGGUGCUGCUGAAGCAUUCGAUAAGUUUGAUAAGCACCAAAUCCAGAAAUGUGUGUUCGAUUUGACUGGUAACUAA